UAAGAAACACUCCGGUAGUCAUGGCUGCAUGUAUAGUAGACUAGUAUAGCACACAUCGGAUCUUUUUAACUCAAGGGGCUGUAUUUUGGAUACAUUCAGGGAGGACUAAAGAACUAAAAUGUCGGAAACAGAAGAGCAACGCUCCGUGAGCGAACAAGAAGAAAAGGAGGAGCGAAAAGACAGCGCGAGUCGCGCCAGUAACCAAGGUGAUGGUGGGAAAACAAAUGAGGAAAAAGAAAGCAAGGAAAAAGAAAGCAAGGAAAAAGAAAACAAAGAUGAUAAAGAAAAAGAAAUGGAAAAAGAAGAUAACAAUAAACAAACCACGUCCAAAUCAGGGGCGGAAAGUCCAAGAAAGGAAGAAGACAAGAAGCAGAAGGAAUACUUCAGAAACGAGCUCAAGCGUCUACAGACAAGUCUUCAGCGAGAAUCGUCCAAAAUUAAGGCGCCUCCCGUGAAACCUCAUUUUCCCUACGUUUUUACCAACCUCGCGCCCUACUACAACACAUACACAGCCAGCUACCUCAUCGAAUCUGCUGAGGAGGUGCCUAUUUCCCGCGGAUACAUGAUGCGAAAGACAGCCAUCGGCCUUUGCGACCCCUGGGAGGAUCUCCGAAUGGACCGCGAAAUGCUGCCCAGGAUCGAGAGGAGGUUGCCGCGCCCGCUCGAUAAGAAAAAGCAGGCCCAGAAAAACCGGGAAAAGGGUGAGGGAAGCACGCGACUUCCUAAAUUCCCCGCUGUGGAACUAGACACAAGAGACCUCUCCACCAGGAAACUCAAUUAUGAUGAUGUGAGGAUGCUCCGGAAUAAACUACGUGAAAAAUACAGUGCGAACGCCGGGGUCAAGGUCGAUGAAGAUUACAAGCGGACGAAACAGGACUACCAUCGCAUGGAACUUGAUAGAUUGGACCAAGUCCAUCCCUCCAAUCGAUCCCACAUGAAAUCGGCCUAUUUCGCCUAUCUCCGUAACACCCCAGGCUCCAAGCGGGCCAUUAACGAGUGCGUCAAGAAGACGGAGGAGGAACUAGAGGAAGAAGAGAAGGAGCGCCAACGAAAAGAAAACGAACAACAACAACAACAGACCGUGGAAGCUACGUCAUAAUGUCGUCUGCAAUAACUCGCGUUUUUUACCCUGAUUAAAUUUGCUCCCAGAUCAUUUUUUGUUUCGAUUUAUUACCCUGUUCAAACUUCUCUCGGUUAGAACGAGUGAAGAGCAUAAAUUGGCCAGCCAAAUAUACAGUGCGUAAAUACGGCUGGCGGAGCGUGGCUAACAGCAAAGUAUCCUGACUGUAGAAAAGCGAUAACUCCACUGCGAAUGAUAUGCCCAAAACAUCAGCCGUCGAUAGUGAAUUGGCGAGUUCUCUGGAUCAAACUGGAGAAGCCCAAAGCAACUGAUUGGCCAACAGCUUAUAUAUGCUUAGUUAAGUACGCCUAUUUUCAGUUUAUACUGUAGUUUCAUUGGUUUUUGGCAUAUUCAAGUAUUGUCGCUUUUCAACUGUUCUUGCCGAUUAUUUUCGGCACAUUUUUUGUAAAUUUAUAGUUUGAUGUAAAUAUUGUUUAUAAUAUCCAUCCAUGUAUUCGAUAAAGAGAAUGGUGCGACUGGGGUCAUGUUCGUCUCUCACUUGCCCAAACCUCUGUGAUUAUACAGGGUGUAAAUCAAAACAUUGUCAAAUUGAAAGGCCUAAUAAGUUUUAUGUAAAAUGACACGGGCUAACAAGAUCAUACCAUGAUAAACUUGAGGCUUCAAGAAUAUGAAUAAAAAAGGAUUUCGCAACCAUAAUGCUGGUAUAAGACCACUUUAACAUUUUUGCAACUUUUUUUCCAAACAUAUUUCUGAAGCUUCUUGUUUAUUGUGGUAUACACUUAUGAGCCUGCAUCACUUCAAACAAAAUCUAAAGCCUGCAUCAUUUCAAACACAAUUGUAUUAGCCUGGAUAUUAACUACAAACCAAUUUCUUUCUCCUCUUAGUCAUUGUUUGGCAAUGUUUUGUAUACACGAUGUAAGCUUAUCAUAUCAUUGUGAUUGUUAAUAGCUGUGAUCGACUAAAUUU